AUGAAUUGUCCAAUACUUCCAAAAAGAGCAAAGCCGAAGAACAACAGCAGCAGCAGCAACAAUAUUAGUCGUCUUCCGCGUAAAUUGGAAGAAAUCUUACAAUAUGCAGAGCCUGAUGUGGAAGUACUUUUGGAUGGACAAAUCAGGUAUUGGAUUGAUACAAGGACAAAGGCAAGAUGCUUCUUCUUGUAUGCCAAAAAUCUACAUGUCCUAUGGUCAGAAGAAAGCAGCAAGUGGAGUCUGCCCCAAUAUAAAGAGCAUCCAAGUGAUCAACCUGUUCAAGUUUACGAAAUGGAAACAGUUCUAUCACUAGCUGUUGGUGGAAGUUUUGAUGCAGAAAAGCUUUCAAGGGGAGUAGCGUACAAGGUUUCACUUGUGGUGUUAUUGAAGAAAUUUCUUUCAGGAUGGGAAUCUCCACUGCAAACAAUACUUGUUAAGCCUGAUGGUACCAAAGAACAUCAAAGUAUUGAAGAUCUUAUGGAAAAACCAAAAAGAGAAUGGAUAAAAAUUCAACUAGGGACUUUCAUCAUUCCACAAGAAAUGGAAAGUAUCACAAAUUUGGAAUUCUAUGUGCAUGAAAGGAAAGGUAGAAAACUUAAGAUGGGACUGGUUAUUAAAGGUGUUGAAGUUUCUGUCUAAAUUCUUCUACUAAAUAUUAUGAGUAACAAAAUA